AAGACAGCUUGAAAAAUUAGGCUUAUAGGGAAGAGAGGGGGAGGGGAGAGACAUCUGUGCUUGUUUAUUCAUUCAUGUUUCUACUAGCCUUUAUUAUAUUUAGACUACGCUAGAUGAUACUAGAAGUAUUUUGCAUCAUGAUGAUCUGAGGAGUGGGAGUGCUCCAUGGCAGCCUCCACGGCUCCUCCUGACCCAGGUCUCCUGACACAUAUUUGAUGAUUUUGAUGCAGGUUAUGCUGCGCUGUCAUCCAACAGAGAUGUGAGCUCAGAUCUCUUUUGUUUAGUUGUUUUGCUUUGUAUUUUCUUUGCUGUAAUCAAACAGGAGCAGAGGGAAAUAAAACGCCAUUAAGCACCACAAGACCUUUACCCUUUUGAGUUGACACAGGAAAGUCUUAAUUUCUUUGACAGCUCAGUGGGAGAAAACAAGACACAAUGUUCCUGGUAUUUCUAAACAGUCACUGGAAUGAAAAAGGAUCAAUUCUGAGAUGAAAGAAUUAAUCUUCCAGCUGGUGCUUGAAAACUGGUGGUGUCUGUAUUUGAUAUUCAGAGAAAUACUAAGCUAGGACAUUGUUACAGCCUCUCCAGGUGCUUUUAUCCCAUAUAGAGAGGCAGAAAACUGGAACCAGCUUAUUGCUUAUGAGAAAGUCUACCAAGGACAUCAGGCAUACAACAUAAUUUCUGUAAACUGCUUUAAUCUAUUUAUUUUCUAUGAUAGUGAUGUUUAACGAUCACUUUGUCUUAACUCACUUUUGUUUUUCCCUGGUCUGAAGGGAAAAGUCUUUGACAGAAGGGAGAGGAAGGAAACAAAGCCGGCAGACUCAGCAGCUCGCAGCUGCGCCAGCUUUCCGCUGUUAGACAGAAAUUAGCCGAGUGGGUCUCUGCUGACAUAUGAAAACAUCGGUUUUUUUGCUAUAUCCCAAUGAAUGCUGCAGGUUUUUACCCACACAGAAUUCUCUCCGGUGUUUAAAAUGAGAGCUAAUUUGGCCAGGGAUUGCUCAGAAGGCUGAAUGCACAGCUCCCGGCCUUUCCAGUAUGAGGGAUGAAACCCUCUGGCAGCCGUUCUGCAGGACCUAUCUCCAAAUCAAGUAUCACCGUGCAAGGCAGAUCUCCACCUUUUAUACUUUAUCGCAUCCUGUCUUACCAUCGCCCUGGCUUUUUCACUCAAGGACUUUCUUUAUUCAAUGGUGUUGUGGCUGCAAGUUGUGUUCUGAGCCCAGUGCGCGCUUUCCAGGGCGAUGUGUACCAUGAAGCGCUGCCUGUCCUGGGGCUCAGGCAGGGCAGAACAGCCCAAGCAAGGCUGCGGUUUCUCAGGCAACGUCAGCAAGAGGGACAUGCCUCAGCCUUCUUUAGGAAUAUUUUUAAACCAGAUCUCCCUGGGGGAGUGAAUUGCUGGGCUGUUGAGAUUUGUUCCCCCUCCAUCUCCCACUUCUCCUGUCUUAUCUCUCACGUGUUGGCUCUCUGCUGGCUUUCCCAGUUAGUCAUACCUCAUUCCUGGAAAAGGGAGGCUGGGAACGGAAAUGCUCCAUUAGACUUGUCUCUGCGAAUAUGUAUUUCCAGGGUGCGUAUAGGUCUCAAAGAGUCAAUAUGUUGGAUCAGAUUCAUCUGCUGGCUGCCGUGACAGUCCUGGGAGUCCUGGAGCAAGCCUACUUCUUCCUCCAGGUGAUCUACGCCAGGAGGGCGUAUGGAAUUUCUCCUCCAAAGACCUCAGGCCCACCUGAAUUUGAGAGGGUUUUUCGAGCACAGGUGAAUUCCUCCGAGUAUUUUCCCAUUUUCCUGGCAAUUCUGUGGCAGGCUGGACUCUUCUUCCAUCAAGGUCUGGCUGCAGCCUUGGGUGUGCUCUAUCUUUGCGCCCGCUACUGCUACUUUAUGGGAUACAAGGCAUCAUCCUCAGAAAGGCUCAUCCCAAUAUACAUUAGCUCCGGAGUUCUCUGGGUUCUCGUCGCAGCGUCAGCCCUGGGCAUCUUGCGUUUCUUCCUCUCUCACUAUGUGGGGCUGAACAUCCUCUAGCUUUUCACAGCGUGACCUGCUCCUCUGUCCCUCAUCGGUGUCCUUGCCCUCGAGUCCUGCUCCUUCCUGCCCAUCACAGACUGACUGUACCCAAUACAGCACCAGCAAUAAAUCCACCCUCACCCGAGUUUUUAACACCUCCCUCCCUGCCCAGCACCAGCAGGAGCUGCUGAGCUCUCCAGGAGCUAUUUUCCCCCCCCAUGGCACACUUGGUGCCGGGUGCUCCAUAUCAGGCAGCUCCAUCAUGUCUGAUGCUGAAACAACGACGUUCCAAAACAAGGAGAACCUUAGGAAAACCAAACACAGAGUAGCAAACUCCUCUCAGCCUGAGCUUCCCAGGGAGCUGCCCCAGGGAACUGCCGCGUGUUCCCCUUCCUCCGGUGGCUCUGCCUUCAGCCCAGACACCCAGCAUGGGUUCCUGCCAGUUUUCCAAAGGCCACACCUGAGAAAAGUAUUUGUUUGAAACAAGAUGUGGGCUGAGACAUGGCAAAAGAGGUGAGGGAUAAACAGGAGCAGCCGCCUUGUAAUGGUUAUUAGCCACUGCCCGUGGGCGAUGCUGUAAAUUAGACUGCGCAAACUCAUAACCACUAUUGCGUGUAUAACUUUGAAUGCUGCCAUGUGACAACGUGCACAAAUAAAAAGGCACCAGGCUUGCUGUGUUGGGUGUCUCCUUGUGAGUCUGCGAUGAGCAGAGGAGAAACACACGAGGCUUUGAGUCAAGGCAGCUGCCUUGGUUUCCCUGCCAUGCAGCGCAACGCAGCCUGCAACCCUGCAUCCCACGGGAGGAGAGCUCUGGGGAGGAAGAAGCUGAUUUUCAGAGGUCCAAGCUCUUGAGCGGCUCAGCACCAAAAAGUGGUCCCUGCUUGGUGGUCUGGCUGCUGCUCAGGACCCCUCUGGGCUCGGCUCCUCUGGGGCAGGAAGGGCUGGAUUUUCAGGGGAGCUCAGUGUUCAAAACACUGAUGCUUUUGACCAUCGAUCCGCUCA